AUGGAUCCAUGCGACGUUGAGUUCUUUAUAAGCAAUGAUUUAACAAAUCUUGGUGUUAUAGGAAUAGGUUCAUUUGGAAUAAUCUAUAAAGUCUAUUCCGAACAGUACAAAACAGAAUUUGCAGUGAAGAGAAUAUUAAAAGAUCGAUUCCGUGAAGAUGAAUACGAAUCUAUGAUAACUAUAAAGAGUUCUGGUAUAGUUACAUUAUAUAGAUACGUAUAUCAUGGUCCAUACAUCUACUUAAUGAUGGAACUAUGCAAGACAAGUAUAGAUAAGCUUCUUCAAGAAAAAAGAGAUAUGUCUAUUUCGGAACUAAAUGAGAUAGCACUUGGAAUGAUUCAAUCCGUAAAGUGCUGCCAUGAAACUGGAAUCAGUCAUGGUGAUAUAAAGCCAUCAAACUUCCUUGUCGAUUCAUAUGGAAGAAUCAAAAUUUGUGACUUUGGCCUCGCAAAGAAAAAUCUCGCAGAUCAGAAAUAUACAGAUUAUUCUGGAACAAGAAUGUUCCUAUCUCCAGAAAUAGUGCAGCUACAGCCAUAUGACGCAUUUAAAGCUGAUAUAUUGGCACUAGGUGUUACACUCUACUAUUUAUAUGUUCAUUCUUACCCAUGGCCAACAGAUUCGAAAAGUGCAUUUGUCCAAAAUCUUAUUUCAGGUGUUUAUUGCCAAGACAAUAUUGGCGAUUCGUUUUUCCGCAAGCUUAUCCGAAAGUGCCUUAAUAUAAAUCCAAAAGAAAGACCAUCAGCUCAGGAUCUUUUUAAUCAGAGCAGAGCUUAUAUCAGCAUUGCAAAAAAGAAGAAAAUCAUCAAACCCUUUAACUCAUGUGGCAGUUCUAUUAGUUUGGUUCUUGAUAGAAAAAUUUUAAAGCCAAGAAGAUUAUCAUUCGGCUCGGCAAUACUGUAA